CAAGGGUCAUCCUGACGAGGAGGUUAUCGCCUCACGGAAAAAGGGGAGAUUUUUGUACGAAGACACAGAGAUUUGUACAAGAGCGCACGCCGCUGGAUACGCAGUCGAUUCAGAGGAGUCGAUCUGUGCCCAACUGAGGUAAAAAGUGACAUUAUAAGAGAAUGAUUAUAGUAAACAGUCAUUCAGGGUAAAACAUUAAACAGGCACACUGAGAAAACUGGAAUACAAGUUGGUCGAGCGACUGUCGUAGAUUCGAAUAAAAUUCAUUAAUAAUAUAGAACGAAAAUAUUUUUCUCAAAAGUCUCAAUUCGCUCGCGGCAAGUAGAUUAAAUCAAGUGGAAUCGAUAUGAAGGAACAGUUCAAAAUCAAGCCCGCGGGGUUCGAAGUGAAUAGAAAUAUAAUAAAGGAGAAAAGUCACAUGAUUUCAAAAAUCUGGUUUAUAUUAUUUUUCGCUGGAACAACAAUAAUAAGCCUUGGUCUGGCGGUUGUUUUUUGGGGCACCAGCGCGUUCGAGAACGCGAUAAUUUCGCAAUUGGAACUUAAAAAUGGCACGCAGACUUUCGAGUGGUGGGAACGGCCGCCGGUACACCCGGUGCUGAAGGUGAGAAUAUUCAAUUACACGAACGUGGAAGCGUGCAAGGCCGGAAACGCGUCUAAGCUUCUCGUCGAGGAGGUCGGACCGUACAUUUACAGGGAAAUAAUAACCAGAGUAAACGUCCGGUUCAACGAAAAUGGCACCGUGACUUAUCAGGAGAAUGUAACCCACGAAUGGAUCGGGGGGCGACCCGAUAGUGAAAUAGUCAGAGUUCCGAAUCUGCUGCUUAUUAUGGCCGUUCAAAAAGUGAAAGACAUGAACUACGUAACGCAAUUUGCUGCCACGGCGUUUCUAAGUAUACUGGAAGUCGAGCCCUUCAAGCUGCUCACCGUGAAAGAAUACCUUUGGGGAUACACCGACAACUUGCUCGAAACAGCGCAGAAUAUUCCAAUGGACACCGAGGUGGUCGACAAGAUCGGGAUGUUGAUGAAAAGGUCCGGACUCUCCAAGGAUCGCAUCACCGUCCACACCGGAAACGGCGACAUCGACAAACUCGGUUUAUAUGAGGAAUUGAACGGCCUGAAGAGUCUGAAAGUCUGGGGUGGCGAGGAGUGCGAUAAGAUUCAAGGUACAGACGGCAGCAUGUUUCCCCCGAAUAUCAUUCGGGACCGUAAUGCCCCGUUGGAAAUUUACACCCGAGAUAUAUGCAGGAAAGUCUCACUCACGUACCACAGCACCAAUACCUCCUUUGGGAUACCGUCUCUGAGGUACAAGCCGGCCAAAGACGUCUUCACGGCAUCCAGCACAAAGAACUCCUGUUUCUGCGAGAAGACUGUCCAGGGUUCGAAAGGGACGAUCCAGUCAUGCCCGCCGGCGGGAGUUCUCAACGUAUCAGCCUGCCAAUUCGGCGCGCCAUUGUUAAUAUCGUUUCCCCAUUUUUAUCGUGGAGAAAAAAUCCUAUUGAAGAAUGUCGAUGGUCUGAAACCUAACGCCGAGCUGCACGAAACUUAUCUCGACGUACAUCCGCGUCUCGGAACACCGAUUGGCGGAUGGUCGCGAAUGCAAGUUAAUCUCCAGGUGACCGUAGUCCCCACGGUUCCCGUGCUGGAUUUACUGAAGGAUGGAAUGAUCCUACCGAUGUUCUGGUUCGAGAUAGGGAUCGACUCGAUACCGGAAGUGGUUUUGAGCCUGCUAAAACAAGCCUACUUCACCGCGAGCACUGUCGAGACUACAUUCAAAUGGGGCAGCUUGGUGUGCACGUUUCUAUCGAUGUGCGCAUUGGCGUUCGUUACGAAGAAGUACAGUUUGUCUAUUCAACUUAGGCGCAGUGCUACGUUACAAAGACUUACGUAAUGUUCUAAACGAGUUUCGAGCCGGAAGCAUUAGUGGCGAAAAUGAUAGCCCAACAAGAAGAGCGAUACGGCGAAAUGUUUUUAGCUUGGCACUGAAAAUUACAACUACCCGUAAUCCUCGUAACCUUAACGCGAUCUUAACGGUCAUUCUGCGCCUAAACUGACCAGUUAAUCUAUACGUCGAGGGAAAGUGACUCAAGUGGCGGACGACCGUAACAUCGUUCGAGAUCGACCCUUGAGGCGGAUGGUUUUCUUUACGUCGGAUUCGUUUCACCGCUCAAGAACUUUUCGAAGCGGUCGAUUUUCCAGGAUGAAAUUGGACUUUUGCGAAUACAUUUG